AUGUAUCCAGCAUUUUGGGUCUUAUAUUUCCUCUGUUCCGCCAUUCGAUCUAAUGUCGGUCUCGCUCAAACUAUGAAUGCAUCAUCUGGUCAUGAUCUCUCCCAAGUUUUACACUUGACGGCUAAGCAAACUUCCACGGCUUUGGCUUUAUUCUAUGUUGCCUAUGAUCUGAGAAGAGUCUAUCAUCCAAGAUCAUGGGAUUGGAAAGAUCUUGCUUAUGUCUUGGUUGAUUGGCGUCUUUGGCCUCUUACUUUGAUGUAUUUCGGUGUCGUUGGUGUUGGUAUUGGUACACAACUCUACGCUACUGUCAUUAUAUCAGGUAUUGAUUCCUCAUUCUCGGGUAUCACACUCAGCUUGCUCACCGCACCAAUCUGGAUUAUGGACCUUAUCGCUAUUCUCAUGGUAACCCCAAUAUCCGACCGCUUCCAUAAGUACCGAGCCUUUUUCUUCUCCGCCGCAGUACUCAUCCAAAUCGCCGGUCUUCUCACCACAACUUUUGCCCCCAUCUCUCACCCUUGGGCACGCUACGGUGGUCUCCUAAUGGUCGGAUAUGGACUUGGCCCAACCGUCCCCAUCUGCAUGACAUGGACCAACGAAAUAUUCCAACACCGUCACGGAGAAGUCGGCGUAGCCGCCGCAUCAGCCCUAGUAUCCGGUCUUGGUAAUCUAGGCAGUAUCACAACCACCUACGCAUUAUAUACCGGAUGGCCCGAAGACGCCAAAGCAGGACCUCAUCGCUACCGCAAGAGUAAUCUCGUUAUGAUCGGUAUUCUUUGUUUGAGUAUUCUAAGCAGUGUGCUCAUGACUGUUCUUCUCAAAAUCUUUGGUAAUCCACGCAGUACCAAGAUUCAAAGUAGCGAUAGCUCGGCUAGCGAGGAAUUCCAGGAUGGUGCUGCGAAGCGCGAGCAGCGACAACGUGGAUUCGCUAAGAUGUGGUGGAGAAAGUAG